AUGUACGCCAAUGUGAGCACCACAAAGAGGCAAUUUAUCUACAAGUCCAAAAUCUAUCUGAUUACUGUCUUUUUCUUUCUAUCUAUCUAUCUAUCUAUCUAUCUAUCUAUCUAUCUAUCUAUCUAUCUUAGCCUAUUAAUAUCUAUCUAUCUAUCUAUCUAUCUAUCUAUCUAUCUAUCUAUCUAUCUCAGUCUGCUCAUUUCUAUCUAUCUUGCGCUUAAAGGCAUAUUGCUUCCUGUUCUUUUCUUGUUUCUCUUUCAGAUCUUUUUCUUUUUCGUUCUUUUCCGUUUUCUUUCUUUCUUUCCUUCCUUCCUUCCUUGCUUUCUUCCUUCUUUCUUUCUUUCUUUCUUUCUUUCUUUCUUUCUUAGGCUUUUCUUUUUCCCUCUUUUUCUGUAUAUCUCAUAUAUUUCUUUCUUACUUUCUCUUUCUUUGAUAAGUUUUUACUUUGUUUCUUUAACUUUCUUUCUUUCUUUCUUUCUUUCUUUCUUUCUUUCUUUCUUUCUUUCUUCCUUAUUCUCUUCUUUCUUUCUUCCCUUUCUUUUUUCAUUCAUUCAUUCAUGCUUCUUUCUUUCUUUCUUUCUUUCUUUAGCUUUUCCUUUUCCCUCUUUUUUCUGUAUAUCUCAUAUAUUUCUUUCUUUUUCUUUCUUUGUUAAGUUUUUACUUCCCCCCCUUUUCUGUUUCUUUCUUUCUAUCACUUAUCCUCCUUUUCACUUGCUUUAUUUACGUUUUUUUUUACUUUCUUUUCUGUCUCUCACUCUUUCUUUAUUAUUUGUUUCUUUCAUUCUUAAGCCUUUCAUUUUAUUCCUUUUCUGUCUCUCUCUCUCUUUCUUUCUUUCUUUCUUCAUUCGUUCCUUGCUUUAUUCUAUUUUCUUUCUUUCUUCCUUUCUUAUGCAUUCAUAUUUUAUCCUUCGUUGUAUCUUCUUUUCUUUAUUUCUUGUUUCUUUCUUGUUUUUCUUUCUUUUGUUUGUCCCCCUUUCGUCUUUCUCCCUUCUUUCUUUUAUAAUGUCAACACCACAGAUUCCCUUCCGUCAAAAUGUUUCAAUCAAUUUCCAUUUAAAUCUACUUAAACUUUACACCGUCUCCAAACGACAGCACUUAUCCAAAGACGGCAAAGAAACAAAAAGAAUCUAUUAG